AAAAGAACUUUCUGGUUGCUUAGUAACAACUCUAAACAGCUUUAGAACCAAGGAAGUUAAAAACGACCUUAAAAUACAAACUCUUAUUCAUUCUUCCAGGACAGUGGGAGAAAGAGCCAUUCAAAAGGAAAGUGACAAAAUUAAUGUUUUUGAGCAAGGAAGGUAGGUUAUUUCACUGACAAAAUUAAAAAAGAGGGCUGGGGGAGCAGAAGCUAAUUUUAAAAUAGUCAUUGAAAUUCCAAAAUGAAGAAAGAAGUGGGUUUGCAUUUUGCAAGUUUGAAUUUAUCUGGCACUUAAGAACUUAAAACUCUUCUUUUGACCAUGCAAAGAAAAAAAGCUUGUUUAAACCAGAGCAAGCAACUUGAGAAGUUCAUUGGUGUCUCUGAUCCAGCCUUGAACAUUCACUCCUGAGCCAGUGCUUUAUCCAGAAGCAUUUGCCCUGGAAUAGCAUUCACAGGUUUUUGAGCAUGGAUCCUGCUGCCUCCCGAUCGCUGCCAAAGCACUCCUUGACUCCACUAAGAUGGAGUAUGGCAUUAUGUUGUUUAAAGAAAGGGAGCAAGCUAAGGGGUGACUUCUCCUCAGCCAUGCCACCAAUUUCUCUCACCAGUCCCCAGAACCGUGCCCGCCUACAAAAUCAAUUCAUCAAACAGACAUCUGAGGAGCUAUCAUUCUCUCAAGAAGUGUUGCAGCAAUGGGGGUUCCCUGGGGUGCCCUUUACCCAGUAUAGCUUUGACCAUAUCUACAACACAAAAGAAUUUACCACUGUAAAAGAAUUCAAGGCUCAGAAAGCCCCCAAAUACAAGACCUGGUUACCUUCCUCUAUAAUGGAGCUGCCAUCUUUACCAGUCUUUCAACCAAUAUCAUCCAAAAGUGCUAAGACCCCAAAGAAACGCAAGCCGAGAAGGCCUCCCAAGAAACCAGCCUCGACAAGCGAUACCUUGGCUUUCUCUUCCUCCAGGAUUGCUUCUGAGAUUUUAGAUUCCCAGUCCACGGUUCUGUCAAAUGCUACUGAGCGGGGCCUGGAGCCAAGGGAAACAUGGCUUCAACCAUCCGAGAAGGAGGCCAGAGGCUGGGAGAAUCUCAUGCUCAAAAAUUUGAACAAGCGCACAGCUCGAUGGAUCUUAAGCAAACGACCCCCACGGCCUGGGGUCCCCACCAGUAAGUGGCAGAGUUUCUUGAAGCAUCAGUAUGAUUGGAGCCACAUCAGAGAUGAGCUUUCUUCUGCCAGUGACUUGGAACUGUUGGCCCAGCUCGAGGCUGAAGAGAUGGCAGAGUAUGAGGGUAUCGAUAUCACCUCUAUGGCUCAAGAAGAAAAGAAACCAGAGUUACUGCUCCCUGUUUACUUCAGAAUUCCUGCUUACUUACCACCUAAGAAGAGACCCGAGAUCAUGGCUGGCUACAAUAAGACAGUUGACGAUAUAAUGUCUGAGUGCAAUUUGUUCCGGAGCCGACUUUCAGAACCGCCUCGACAGAUGACACCCAGAGCUGGACAAUAUGCUUACUCCACAGACAAUGCCUUUGAACAGGAUAUUUAUUUUGACCUAGUUCGGAUUGUCCAUCAGAAUGAUGUGGAGAAUGAGAUCCUUUUGGAAAACCGCAAUCGGUACUACAAACAUUUUCCAAAGAUCUUUCCAAAAGGUCCAGAAGAAUGGAGUCAAGAGCAUCAACCUCUAAAAUUUCCCAGGCCCAAGAAGGGAGCCUUCCGUUGGACUUCCUUGCCCACCCCAGCCAAGGACCUCACGCUCAUGUCCCAAGACAUUAUUUCUACCAAGACCAGAAGAGGAAAGAAAGAUUUUAUAACAAAAAUGGAAGAGGAUGUGCCCUGGGAGAUGAAGGUCCUCAGGAACAUUUUACAGGAUUGGAAGAAUGCCUGGAUUAUAUCUCCCCAGUGGAAAGAUGCUACAGUGGAGGGACUGGCACGGAACUUAAAGAGUGUACAGGUUGGGAUCCGAACUGAAGCCAUCAUCACUUGUGCCACGGCAGCCUUGGAGCGACCCCGAUUCCAGGAAGUUCUGGUGGAUGAUAACGAGGAUGAAAAUUUUGUAGAAGAGCCACCUGUUGAGGAGCUACCAAAGGAACUACAGCCUCUCCUCAAGAAAGCAUUAACGGAUAAGAAAUUCAGUGUACGCGUAGCAGCCGCUCUGUUUUACUACUCCAUCCAAGCACAUGACCAGCAAGCCCAAGAAAUCAUGCAGGAUGCCCUGAAGCAGGGUAAUGAUGCUGACAGCUGGGCAGCAGCCCAAUGCCUGGCUCUGGAUGGAAUUGCUUCUUUUCCUGUAGUGAAGAGGAUUCUCCGCCAACUAUUCCACAAAAAGGAUAAAGAAACUCAAGAACAAGCCUGUAUCCUACUAAGCCAUCUCUGUGAUAAGACGAGCCUGAUACAUACCCUCCUUGCUGUUGAGCUGAACAGCUGCCAGUGGGAAGUCCGAAUUGUGGCCUGCAAAGCUCUCUCCCGGAUCACUGGGAGGAGGGUCAACCAGGAUUUGAAACAUAAGUUGGUCCAACUGAUGUGGAAUGAUUGGAACUUGGAAGUACGCCAGGCAGCGGCCCAAGCCCUAGGGCAGAUGAAGCUGGGGAAGGAGGUGCAUGACAAGAUCUGGGCUAUGCUGGGUCAAGGAAAUUCCCAAGAUCGGGUCGAAGCCCUCUCCUUAAUUGGCUGUUUGAAGCUUAUGACUCCCAAGUUGCUUCCUGGCUUCCUUAACUGCUUCUCUGAUGAUUUCAUGGCUGUGAGGAGGGCAGCCUGCCUUGCAGCUGCUUCACUCAAGAUAAAAGAUCGCAUGGUUUUUGACUGCCUCAUAAAGUUGGUACAGGGUGAUCCGUACUGGAAAAUCAAAGCUUUUGCCAUUAAAGCUUUGGGAAAUAUUGGGUAUGUAAAUCCCCAGUUAACAGACAUCUUGCUUUGGGCUAUCCAUUAUGAGGAAGAGCCAGGUGUGAGACUGGAAGCCUGUCGGAGCAUCACUGCCCUUAAAAUUAAAGAAGACAAAGUCCGAGACACCUUCCUAGAUGUGCUACUCCUGGAAAGUCACGAAGCUGUUCUUACGGAACUGAGUGAAACAAUGAAGAAUCUUGACUUUCAAGAUGAAGGAAACCAAGACAUGCUUCAAAAGAUCAAGAAAAGGAUUUCUCAACUAAGUCAGAAAAACUUGAUUAGCAGCCAAAUCAUGAAGAUAGAGGAGAUUGCUAACAAUCUUCGUCAAGAAGCAAAAUAUAUCUUUCUCUCCCAUCCCAGAAAAGACAAACCUUCAGAGGAACUUCUGGAUUUUUUCAAAGAUGCUUUUAAGGAUGCUGAUGCCCCUCUCCCUAUGACCCCUUCUGUUACUGAUGCCUUUAAAAAAGCCUUAAAGGCUGUGACAGUGCCUAAAUCAAAUCCCUACACUAAGAGUUUUAUCUUUGAUCAGAAGAUCCCUGGAAGACUGACACUCAACAAACGGCUAAAAACCAUCAGGGAAAAAAGAGUUGCUAAGGGGCCAUUUGCUCAUUCUGGAAACAUUUCUAAAACUGAAUGAAGACCAAGAAAAAAAAAAGACCUUUCUAACAUCUCCUAAAUGGAGAAAAAAAAAUUCCUUCAUCCAGGCCAGCUUCAUCUUUUCAAGAACAUGUAUUGCUACACACAGACCACUACUAGGUGACUUUGGCAUCAUAGUAGAGUCUAUCUUUUCAUUUUGUAUUAUGUUUAAUCAGUAAGUCUAUAAACUGUUGAACAGGAACUGGAUUCAUUUCUUAAUGGGAAACAUUUUAAACCACUGAAGCUAGAGAAGGAUGAAUGAAGUAAUUUACUUGUUUCAACUUACUCUCUUCCCCACCAGAAUUCUUUAGUUAGGUCACUAGAAUUAAAAAUAACUAAAGCUUUAGUAAGUUUUACACAAUGCACAGGAAAUCUUUUGAGGCAUGGUCUAGACUAGAGCUCCUUUCCCCAGACUAAGAAUCAGCUCUGAUGAGUAUUUUUUUUUUUUACUUUACCUUCUGUCUCAGAAUUGAUACUAAGUAUAGAUCCCAAGGCAGAAGAAUGGUAAGGACUAGGCUAUUGGGUGACUUGCCCAGGAUAAUCUAGCUAGAAAGUAUCCGAGGCCAGAUUUGAUCUGAUGAAUUUUUUUCCAUAGAUUUGGGACAAGAUAAGUUUUGUAGCUUCUACCUGAUGAGCAAAGCAGGAGGCUACGUUCCCAAAAUUCCCCAUUAACCCUAAGCAACUAAAUCAUGUUCUCUCCUUUGGUGGUGUGAGGGAUAGACCUCAAAUGUGAUGCAAAGCUUGGCAAUAUUUUUCUUGACAUCGAAGCCUUAAUGACCUCUAAAGAUUUAGGUCUGAACAAGCUUAUAGCCAUAUUGACACAAUAUGUUGUUCAACAUGUUCAGCUGUUCAAUGGACAUUUAUUAAAUUCCUUCUGUGUAUAAGAGGAUGGGAAUAUAUACAAACAAAAUGACUUCUGUCCCCAGGGAACUCUUAGAGGAGCUAUCAAAAGGGUACAGCUGGAGGGAAAGGGCAGGUAGCUGAUGGCUCAGUAGACUGAGAGAUCUAGAAAUUGGAGGUCCUGAGUUCAAAGCUUGAUUCUAAGAAGGUAAGGGUUUUUACAAAAAGGUUUUCAAUCAUUCAGUAUUCAAAAUAGUGGUAGUUUUAAAUUCUACUUCUCAUCUUUCCUUUUGACACUUCCUCUCAUUCUUAUUCAUUGGUAUUACUGAUAUUGUGCUUACAGAAUAGGAAUAUAAAGAAACAGUCUCCUCCCCAACCCAAAAAAGUCAGUGACUAGUAUUUCCAAAAGAAUUCAAAGAAACUGUGGUAUCUGCCCUCUGCAUAUCAGAAGAAAAAAGAAGUUAAAGAGUUUCUAGUACAACUUUCAGGAAAAACUAGGCAAUUUUAAUGAAUUCUUAGUCCUUGUUACUAGUCCUAAUAUAGGUGAUUAUAGGUAAAAUCCCAUUGUGGGAACUAAUUUGAGUGUGCAGAGGUUUUAUAUAAUAAAACUGCUUCCAUUGCUCAAUAGCUGGCCUUUGGGGAAAAGUGAUCUAUCUACAAGAGACUCCAUACAACAAAUAACAUAUGAGUACUCUCCUUGACUCCUAUCUCAGUAAUAGCCACUGAGCAAUGAAAACAUUUGAUUGUGAGUCAUCUGUAUUCUAGGGAGAAUGGUUGGGGCAGCCUGAAAAACCUCUGGUUUGAAUGGACCUUUUUGAGUCUCCCUCUACUCUAGAUAGACAUCUCUCCUUCUCCUUGGCCUUCUCUGUACCCCUUUUCUAGUACCCUUUAUACCCAGAAAUGUCCAUCCUGGAAACUCCUAGCUCCAUCCUGUAUUUAACCAAGUCUUGCUAACUAAUCUCUGACCCUUUCUAAUUUUGGUCCUUCCCAAUUGGUCCUUCCCAACCAAUCAGGCACAACUGAGCAAGACCUCACACCACCUAACAAUACUAGCAACUGAAAUGUAUAUAGGCUUUAAUGUUCACAAGCUGAAGUUUGCCCCAGUUCCCUCAUCUGUAAAAUAAGCUGGAGAAGGAAAUGGCAAACCACUCUAGUAUCUUUGCCAAGAAAACCCCAAAUGGGGUCACAGAGAAUAGAAAGGAAUAUACAUAAAACUCUACAUAACUUUUCAGUGCCCUUUCCUUCCUAAGAGAUGGAUGAAGAACCUGAAUAUAGAAGUUGAAUGAGUUGCUCAUCAGAAUCAGGAUUUGAAUCCAGGUCUUCCUGUCUGCAAAUCUUGUACUCAUCCAAUAUACCCCAUAUAAAAUCCUGCUCACGAAGGUUGUAAUUUAAAAAUAAUUUCUGUAAAAAAUGGACCCAAGGGUUGUCAUAAUAAAUGGUCUUGUUUACUGGAUGAGAUGGUAUGCCAGUAAAAUAUUGAGUGGAAUAUGAGCAGGAACUGAGUGUGAGAGAAAGCCUAUGUGAGAAAAGAAAUGGUAGUUCCUUCUCUCUCACUCAAAUGAUAACGGGCUGACAGUUAUCACUUGAUGCCUCUUGGGGAAAUGGCUGAAGAGAUUAAAUGUGUCUCUCCCCAGUCAGCCCCCUUGUAGAUGUCUUCAAUGCCUUUCUCUCAGAAAGGUUUGGAGGUGGCCCCAAUAUGAGAUCUGACCCAAACCCAAGGAGUGUCUCCCUAUAACUUGAAUUGAGAGACUUGACCAGGAUCUGACUGCUACAGAUAGUUUAUUAUUAUGGAACUGGUAAGCAGGGAGAAGGAAGAUGGAGAGAGGGUUUAGGUAGCUCUACCAGAAACCUACAUAGUCCUUAAUCUGCUGGGCUUGUAGCAGUGCCCACAAACAUCUUCAUCCCUUCCCAGCUAAAUAGCCCCUUCUACUGACUUGAUACUAACAUUUCCUAAAGAAAUAAAUAAGAAACAAUUCAGGGAGGAUGGGAGAUGGGGAACUGUGCUGUGCUUUGAGUCCAUUCAGCCCCUCUCAGGGGUCUGAGAUGGUUUGCUGCAGGUGGAGGGAAGAAAUAGUUGUGUAUCUGGUGAGAGAACAACAAAAUUGGAGAAAAAGGCAGGGUCUUCUAAGGUGGCUUCAGUGAUCUUUCAGCCUUCCAAAAACUGGACUUACCAACUUCAGGGCCCGAGGCAGAAGACCAAGAGGUUCUUCAGAAUCCCUUCAGCCAACCGUUUUUCUCCCAGAAGUCUCUCCUCAACUGUCAUUCAACUUUUUUUUUUAGUGCCCAUCCCCAAAUUCCAAAUCUCCCUGCCUCCAUCCUAACAUUUCCUUAACUAGUAGGAUUAGGUUUGACAAGAGUUUUUGCAUAUGCAUAAUCUGGGUGUACCCCGCUCAGAGGGAAGACUCUUAAAAGAUCAUUAAUGGCUUUCUUCAGUGGCCCAAAGAACCACCCAGAACCUAGCAAUCCCCACCUGAAAACUGAGAAUCCAAAAGUAUCCUGUAUCACAUGUAUUUCCAAGUUAGAUCUAUGCCCUUUUUUGUGUGUGGGUUAAACUAUACCAAUAAUAAAAGUGUGUUGCUUUCA